AUGUGCUUAACGGAGUUGCGCUACGUUGACGAAGUAGAGAACGACGAGGAGGGUAUCGCAGAGGAAGCACUGAACGAUGAGCGAAUAUCGGAAACGCCGCGUCCGGCAACCUCGCUGAGGAAAACGGCCGUUUCUACCUCAGACAUGCCAUCUCAAAUCGUUCGACCGAGGACGCGAACUGGCCGGCCUUUGACUGGAGUCACCAGACCAGGAACGGAAAUGAGCCAAGGCGAUUUGCUGGAAAGAGUCAUAAGAAGUGCACGGACCGCCACUACCGCUCGCCCGGUCACCUCUGUGACCGGAAGGCACAUGCGGCUAGGAACGUCCGCAAUGAUGUCCGACGCCAGUGGAAGCUACUUGAACAUCUCAAGAUUGAACUUCGCCAAAUACGCUGAGCAUCCUACUUUAUCCAAGGUGCUCUUCGAAUACAUAUUCUACCAUGAAAAUGACGUCAGAAAU